AUGUCGGUAGAGCUUGCAAAUAUUCACACCACAUUACGAUUCUUGACAAAGAUCAACGAAAGAGGUUUACAAAAAACAAGCCAAGACGAAAUAAUUUAUUCCAGUUUUAAUUCCAAAACCAAAGAAGAGGCGAAUAAAGAACCACUAUCUUUAUUUUCGAAAAUAGUCAAUUUAAUCACUGGAAAGUACUUGAAGAAGCCACAAAGAAUUCUGUAUGAGAAAAAGGAGGGAGUUACUGGGAAAUCAAAGAAUGCAAUCAGAGAAAGGAGACUGAGAGAAGACACGUGUUAUCUCCAAGCAGUUUGUUUGGCUUUGUUCAAUUUCUUUGGAGACUUUUCGUUGAUCCAACCAAAGAAAAGAACAAAUAAAACAGCAGAUUUACCAAGAAUUCAUUGUAUUAUGUUCCAAGAAACGUUUGUGGAUGUCGAGGAAUUGAUUAACACCAUCUAUCCUUCACCCGUUGAUUGUGAUGAACGAAAUAAAAGAUCAAUGUUGAGAAUUUGCGCACAUAAUCGGUUGUAUGCAAAACAAAAUUAUUUACUCGAUGUGCUCAGAAGGUGUGGCUUCUUUUUUGAGUCUACUUUUCCUUUUAAAACAAGGUUCACAAUUCAACAAGAGAGAGUCAACUCUAUUUACUAUAGAAACAAACUCCUUUUGAAGAAAGAAGAAAUACAGGAGAUGGGGAAACAAAUCAAUCAAUUCUUCUGUGAGCAGUCAAAAAUUCGGAUAAAUGGAAUUUAUGAUCACGAUGAUCAAGUUUUUGAAAAAUUUUUACAUGAAAAGAUGCCCAUUUUUUAUGACAAAUUUUCUAAAAUAAGACUUCAGAGUGUAAAUUGA